CUUCCCCCCACUUUCCCUUCCCAUCUCAUCAUGACAUCUAUCGCGGAGGGACUUUUCAAAACCCUCCCUAAGCCGAAAUAUACCGGCGAGGAGGAGGAUUUACCACAGCAUGCCCAGCCCCGUGGUCCGCGGGUGGUGGGCCCGGGACAGCUAGACGAGACGCAGGUUGUUUUGAGGAAAACAGGCCCUCCCCCAUACGGCAACCGCACCGGAUGGCGUCCGCGAGCGCCCGAAGAUUUCGGCGACGGUGGCGCGUUCCCCGAGAUUCUCGUCGCGCAGUACCCCCUCGACAUGGGCCGCAAAGGGACAUCGUCCAAAUCGAACGCGUUAGCCGUGCAAGUCGACGCGGAAGGCAAAGUGAAAUACGACGCCAUCGCCCGCCGCGGCCACAGCGACGACCGCAUCGUGCACGCCUCCUUCAAGGACCUGAUCCCGCUGCGCCAGCGCGUCGACAUGGGCGAGAUCUCGCUGGACCGUCCGUCGGAGGAGCAGGUGGCUGAGCAGAUGGAGAAGACUAAGAACGCGCUGGCGAGCUUGGUGGACGGUGCCGUGCAGGCGCAGAAGCCGAAGAAUGUUAAGGGUGGACGCCGUGCGGAGCCGACCUUUGUGCGAUACACCCCCGCCAACCAGAUGGGUGAUACUACCCGCAAGAACGACCGCAUUAUGAAAAUCGUCGACCGCCAGCAUGAUCCGAUGGAGCCGCCUAAGUUUAAGCAUAAGAAGAUCCCCCGUGGCCCGCCUUCGCCUCCGCCUCCGAUCUUGCACUCGCCGCCCCGGAAGCUCACCGCUGAGGAUCAGGAGGCGUGGAAGAUCCCCCCGCCUGUGUCGAACUGGAAGAAUCCCAAGGGUUACACUGUGCCGCUGGAUAAGCGUCUCGCAGCUGAUGGCCGCGGCUUGCAGGAUGUGACCAUCAAUGAUAAGUUCGCGCAGUUCGCUGAGGCGCUGUUCACGGCGGAUCGCCACGCCCGCGAGGAGGUGCGGCUGCGUGCCCAGAUGCAGCAGAAGCUGGCCGAGAAGGAGAAGGCCCAGAAGGAGGAACACCUGCGGGCGUUGGCUCAGAAAGCGCGCGAGGAGCGCGCCGGCAGCUCCCGCCAGGGUGGUGGUGGUGGUGGCGGUCGUGCGUCGUCCCGCAGUGUCAGCCGCAGCCCGUCGCCGUACUACUCGUCGCGCUCGGCGUCGCCCGACAGUGCGGACGAGGCAGCCCGCGAACGGGAGCAGCUGCGUCGCGAGCGGCGACAGGAGGCGGAGCGCGAGCUGCGGCAGUCGCGCAUGGGCACGGAGCGGAAGAUCCAGGCGAUGGCGCGCGAGCAGAACCGCGAUAUCUCCGAGAAGGUGGCGCUGGGCUUGGCCAAGCCGACGCAGUCGUCGGAGGGCAUGUGGGACUCGCGACUGUUUAACCAGACUAGCGGGAUGGACUCGGGAUUCAACGAGGAUAACCCUUACGAUAAGCCAUUGUUCGCGGCGCAGGACGCCAUCAACAGUAUCUACCGGCCGCAGGCGCAGAUGGACGACGAGGAUGAGGGGCAGGGGGCUGAGGGUGAGAUGAGCAAGAUCCAGAAGUCGGGACGGUUUGAGGUGCUGGGUAAGGCGAAGGAGGGAUUCCGCGGUGCGGCUGAUGCUGAGACUCGCGACGGCCCCGUGCAAUUCGAAAAAGACACAGCCGACCCAUUCGGCAUCGACAACAUGAUUGCCGACGUGACAGGGGAGGGAUCCGGAUCGGGAGCUGGGCAGAAGCGCUACGGGAUCCAGGAGGCCGAGGGUCGUGGAUCGAAGCGAGCUCGAGUGGACGAGGAAUGAGCUUGAGCUUUCCGUUGGUGAUUGUACAUUGCUUUUCAGUUUUGUCGGAUUGUUGUGCAUUGCGGGCGUUGAUUUGGACUGAUAUAGUUUAUCUUUAUCGAAAGGAAAUAUCAUGCGCUGUCGUUUUUCUUCGUUA